GAUAACUAGAUAUAUAACUACGGCUGUGAGAGGAGGUGGAUGCUCUUCGUGCCGAAGUGGGACGCCCUCGUCAGUCUUGGAGUAACACUCGUACUUGUGCCUACAAGAGACGGAAGUGUAUGACAGAUAUGGUAUUUGACCACCACCACCACAAUGCCAGAAUACAAACUGAUCUACUUCAACGCCGCGGGCCGCGCUGAGCUGAUCCGUUGGAUCUUCGCCUACAGUGGCAUCCCCUACACUGAUGAACGCAUCGAGAAGGCAGACUGGCCGUCCCGUAAACCUAGCAUUCCCGGGGGCAAGGUGCCGGUGUUGAUGGUGGACGGGAAGCCUCUACCACAGUCCCUGGCCAUCGCCCGCUACGUGGCCAAGCAGGCGGACCUCGUCCCUCAAGACCACCUCGAAGCUGCCUACUGCGACGCCCUGGCCGACACUCUCUAUGAAGUGAUGACUGAAGUUUACAAGAUACUGUUCGCUCCAGGAGACGAGGACGAGAAGAAAAAGAAGUAUGAUGAGGAGCUGUACCCCAACAUGAUCGCUCCUCUCCUGACCCGCCUCAACCAGCGGCUUGCCACCAGGGAGUGGUUCGCCGCAGACAAGGUGACGUGGGCUGACCUGCUCAUUGGCCUGGUGGUCGGAGGAGUGAGGGAGAAGAAGCCGGAGGUGCUGAAGGAGUUCCCCGCCGUGGAGGGUCUCGUUAACAAGGUCGUCCAGUUUCCCAAGAUCAAGCAGUGGCUUGAUAGCCGACCCGAGACUCCAUUCUAGAGAUCGUCUUGUCUUCUUUGUUGUUCACUUGUUAUUCUUAUGUAACCUUUUACAUUUGACAACUUUCUCGAGUUUUACUUUGAAUUAUUAGAUUGAUCGAGGCAUAUAGUGCAAGUCGAUCCGUUAGUCGUAACUAUUUUCUAUGACUUAAAGACACAUGUCUAACUUUGGCAGCACUUUUGUCAAUCUUUAUAACUUUUUACUUGCACUAUAUUAUAUUUUGUUUAUCGUGAUUCAAUGACCUUCACCACAAGCAACUUAAAUUGUUUUUACUUUGUAUCUUAGAUAAGUAAUCUCAAACUGUAGACAAAAUAAUUGUAAUAAAUACUCGUAUAAA